AUGGCUUCAACCCUCCCCCGCCUGCCCGUCUUCGAGGCCAUCGCCCGUCAUGACCCCGACUCGACUGUCGUCGUCCACUCGGGCAGCGGGCGCCGCUUCCGCUACGGUGAGCUCUUGGCCGACGUGUGCAAGACGAGAAACUGGCUCUACGAGACGGCCGGCCGCAACGACAUUGAUGGGGAACGCAUUGCCUUCUUAGUCGAGAACAGCUACGACUAUGUAGUCACCCUGCUGGCCAUUCUCGCGGCCAAAUCUAUCGCCGUGCCCCUGUCUCCGGCCUUUCCCGCGCCAGAGCUCCAGUAUAUCCUCAACCAUAGCGAGGCCUUGAUGCUGCUGUCGUCGGCCAAGUUCGCUCAAAAGGCCCAAGAAGUGUUGCGUACGGAGCUUGACCUUGAGCCCGUCUAUCUCCAGCUGAGCAAGUUCCAGGGCGGCGCCAAGAAUGAGAAGGUCACUCUGGAAAAGACCGGGCCGGGAUCGGCCGGCUUGAUGCUCUAUACUUCGGGAACCACAAACCGCCCAAAAGGCGUGCUCCUACCGCAGUCCGUCAUGACGGCGCAAGCGCGAGCUCUCCUGCAGGCCUGGGAAUAUAAAGCCUCGGACCACCUCCUGCAUGUCUUGCCGCUGCACCACAUCCACGGCACCAUCAACGCCCUCUUCACCCCGCUCUUCUCGGGCAGCGCAAUCGAGUUUUUGUUCCCCUUUAACGCGGACGCGGUAUGGAAGCGCUUCGCCGCCCCCUUCUUGACCCCAGAUCAGACCCCCGAUCCCGAGUCGCAGUCGCCGUUCGGCCGGCAGGAAAAGAUUACCUUCUUCACUGUCGUGCCAACCGUCUACUCGAGGCUGCUAGCCACCCACAAGGCCCUGCCCCCGGACAUGCAGAGCGCAACCCGCACAGCCAUCAGCCCCGCGAACCUGCGCCUGGCCAUCUCCGGGUCGGCAGCGCUCCCAACCCCCAUCAAGCUGGCUUGGUCCGACCUGAGCGGCGGCAACGUGCUGCUCGAGCGCUACGGCAUGACCGAGGUGGGCAUGGCGCUGAGCUGCGGGCUGGACGUGGCGGACCGCGUUGACGGGUCCGUCGGCUGGCCGCUUCCCGGCGUCGAGGCGCGGCUCGUCGACGUAGACACGCACCACGUCAUCGAGAAGGGCCACGAGCGCGACGCCGACGGCCGCGACCGCGUGGGCGAGAUCCAGCUCCGCGGCCCCACCAUCUUCACCGAGUACUGGCGCAACCCCGAGGCCACGGCCAAGGAGUUUGUCGACUCCAAGGACGGCCGCGGCCAGUGGUUCAAGACGGGCGACGUGGCGGUGCGCCGCCCCGUGGCCGGCGCCGGCAGGAGCGCAGCCGCGAGCCAGAAGGACUGGACCCGCGGCGACCUUUACUUCAUCCUCGGCCGCCGCUCCGCCGACAUCAUCAAGAGCGGCGGUGAAAAGGUGUCGGCCCUCGAGGUCGAGCGCGAGAUGCUGGCCCUGCCCCAGGUCGCCGAGGUCGCCGUCCUCGCCGUGCCCUCGGGCAAGUGGGGCCAAAAGGUCGGCGCCGUCGUCAUCCUCGACCGCGACCACCUCCCCGACGGCGCCCGCUGGACGCCCCUCGACAUGCGCCGCGCCCUCAAGGGCCGCCUCGCCAACUACAAGAUCCCCCAGGUCCUCAAGGUCGUCGACCAUAUUCCGAGGAACGCCAUGGGCAAGAUCAACAAGAAGCAGCUCGUCAAGGACAUCUUCCAAGACGAGUUUAGCGGGGAUGAACUUUGA